AUGUUCAGCAGGGCCGCACGCGCGCGAGUACCCUCCUCGAUACUUCGCAGCCCCCGUUUGACCCAGCAGGCAUUUGCAAAACCCAGAAUUGUCGCAAUGGCGCCCGCACGAAAGCAGUCGAGUCUGCCCGCAGGCUACAAGGAGGAUUACAGCAAAGGGCCCAUGCUGCGCUUUGAGGAAUCGCUGCCGCGUCUCCCAGUCCCCACGCUCGAAGAGACGGCCAAGCGCUACCUCAAGUCGGUCCACCCGCUGCUCUCCCAGAGCGAAUACGAUGCCACCACAAAGGCCGUCAGCGAGUUUGUCGCCCCCGGCGGGCCUGGAGAGAAGCUGCAGCAGCGCCUGGUGGCGCGGAGAGAGGACCCCAAGCACAAGAACUGGAUCUACGAGUGGUGGAACGAGGCGGCCUACAUGGCCUACCGCGACCCCGUUGUGCCCUACGUCAGCUACUUCUACUCGCACCGCGACGACAAGAAGAGGCGGAACCCGGCCAAGCGCGCCGCCGCCAUGACGACGGCCGUGCUCGAGUUCAAGAAGAUGGUCGACGAGGGCACCCUCGAGCCCGAGUACAUGAAGAAGCUGCCCAUGGCCAUGAGCUCGUACGAGCACAUGUUCAACGCCUGCCGUGUCCCCCAGAAGCCCGCCGACACGAGCGUCAAGUUCCCGUACCAGGAGAACAAGCACAUCCUUGUCAUGCGGAAAAACCAGUUCUGGAAGGUUGCCCACGAAAUCAACGGCAAGCAGCUCAACACCAGCGAGUUCGAGCUCCAGUUCAAGCGCAUCUACGACAACGCCGAGAAGGCGCCCGCUGUCGGCAGCCUCACAUCGCAGAACCGCGACGUGUGGUCCGACGUGUACCCCAAGCUCAAGGCCCACUCGCCCGUCAACGCCGCUACGCUGCAGGACAUUGAGUCGGCCUCGUUUGUCGUGUGCCUCGACGAUGCUUCGCCCGUCACGCUGGAAGAGCGCGCACACCAGUACUGGCACGGCGACGGCGCCAACCGCUGGUUCGACAAGCCGCUCCAAUUCAUCAUCAACGACAACGGCACCUCUGGCUUCAUGGGCGAGCACUCGAUGAUGGACGGCACCCCGACGCACCGCCUCAACGACUACGCAAACCAACAAAUCUUCUCAAACGCCCUCCCCUUUGACGACCCCAGCGUGCGCUCCGACCUGCCCAACCCCAAGCCGCUCCGCUUCGAGCUCACCAAGGAACUCGAGCAAGACAUUGUCGACGCCCAGGCCCACUUUGCCCGCCAGAUUGGCGCCCACGAGCUGCGCGUGCAGGCCUACCAGGGCUACGGCAAGGGCCUGAUCAAAAAGUUCAAGUGCAGCCCCGACGCCUACGUGCAAAUGAUUAUCCAGCUCGCCUACCACAAGUUCUACGGCAAAAACCGCCCCACGUACGAGUCGGCCGCCACGCGCCGCUUCCAGCAGGGCCGCACAGAAACGUGCCGCACCGUGUCCGACGAGAGCGUCGCCUUCUGCAACGCCAUGGCCAACCCGGACGCUUCGCCCCAAGAGUGUCAGCAGAAGCUGCGCGCCGCCCUCGACGCCCACGUCAAGUACAUUUCCGACGCUAGCGACGGCCGCGGCGUCGACCGCCACCUGUUUGGCCUCAAGAAGUGCCUGCAGCCGGGCGAGGACGUGCCUGCCCUCUUCAAAGACGCCGCAUACGCCUACUCGUCCACCUGGUACAUUUCCAGCUCCCAGCUCUCCAGCGAGUACUUUAAUGGCUACGGCUGGAGCCAGGUCGUCGACGACGGCUGGGGCCUGGCCUACAUGAUUAACGAAAACUCGAUUCAGUUCAACGUGUGCUCCAAGGGAUUGGGCUCGGACAAAAUGAGCUUCUAUCUCAACGAGGCGGCGGGCGACAUGCGCGACAUCAUGCUGCCCACGCUCGACGCGGCAAAGGCAAAGUUGUAG